AAAGUGGUAAAGAAGCUUUAGUCAAAAGCAAAGUGACAGCACAGGUCAGGAAGUAGUGGGUUGGGUUGGAAGCUGGAGAGGUGGCUCAAUACUUUGCAUGGCUUGCUACUCUUGCAGAGGACAAAUUUGGUUUCUAUCACCUACAUGUACACAACCAUACAUGCAUUCCAGCCCUAGGGUGGAUGCCCUCUGCUGGUCAUCUCCAGCACAGCAGUGUGAAAUGCACCCAUCCCAUCCCCCAGCCCUUUUACAUGUAUCUUUCAAAAAGGUUGACACAGGCAACAUGAGACAGUUCAGGGCUGCCAAUUAGUGUUUGGGGCUUCCUGAGUACAAGAGGAGGCGUUUGGUUGCUGGUUUUAAUUGACAGGCAUGGAUUACUUGGGAAAUAAGUCUUUGUUUCCUGAAAUUAAGCCAUUAUGUUUCUGUACAAGCAGAAAAUUCUGUAUGUACAGUACAAACAUUGGAAUUCAUGGGAGACAGCAGUCCCGAAUCUGAGCUGAGGUGUUUCCGCAGCAUCUGCUGGCCCUGUAUCAUAUGACCCCUGAAUACACAGUGCAUGUGUUGUUUCAGAACCAAGGCUUCGUGAAGGGGUACAGUGCGGCAUGGGCCAGCAUGACCAGAAACACCUUGGAUUUACCACACUUUUUAAAAUAAUUUUUGACCCUUGCAUGUUUGGAAACCUUCUACUGCUGCCAAUUAUUUUCUGAUCCGCAAAUGGAGUCAUGAUAUAAAGUUUAAGAAGCUAGGCUGCAGCCUAUACAUUUAAAUUGAACUUAGUAAUACCUAACUUGGGCUGGAGAGGUGGCUCAGUGGUUAAGAGCACCGACUGCUCUUCCAUAGGCCCUGAGUUCAAUUCCCAGCAACCACAUGGUGCCUCACAACUAUUUCUAAGGGAGUCUGAUGCCCUCUUCUGGUGUGUCUGAAGAAAGCAAUGGUGGUGUAAUCAUAUACAUAAAAUAAAUAAAUCUUUUUAAAAAAAUACCUAACUUUACUGGGUGUGUAGUCACCUAAACAGAACAACUAAAUGAAAACACUGUAUACUUAUCCAAAUGUAUUUUUAGUUUAUUAAAGAUUUUUUAGUUCGUUUGCCUGCAUAAUUUGUAUGUGUAGGGCUUCAGAACUCUUGUAACUGGAGGUGCAGACAGCUGGAAGUUCUCAUACACAUACAUCAUUCAUACAUAGAAACACACAUGCACACACACUCUACUGACUUCCAAAGCGCCAUAAGAAAAUACUAUCUCAAUCAUCUCCUUUGGUUUCUCAUGGCAGAGGGGACUGUACUCCCAUUACUGUGUUUUCUAGUUUCACAUUCACUUUUUGCCUGUGCUUGUAGUACCCAGUGCUUGUAAUAGUCUCAGACACCAGAAGGGUAUUGGAGCUCCUGGAACUGAAGUUAUAGGUGGCUGUGAACAUCCGUGUGGAUGUCAGGAAUCAAAUCUGGGUCCUUUGCUAGAGCAGUAAAUGAUCCUAAUUGCCAAGCCAUUUGUUUUUAACCUAACUGAACUCAGUUUAUCCAACUUAAACAGGGUGCUUAUUUUCUGAUCGCUGUAAAACAAAAUGGCUCUGCUCUGAGUUCGUUUGAGACUAUAAGAACAUCAACACCCGGGGGGGAGGGGGGGGCGCUGGGGAGAUGGCUCAGCGGUUAAGAGCACUGACUGCUCUUCCAAAGGCCGAGUUCAAAUCCCAGAAACCACAAGGUACAAGGUGGCUCACAACCAUCAGUAAUGAGAUCUGAUGCCCUCUUCUGAUGUGUCUACAGUGUACGUACAUAUUAUAAUAAUAAAUACAUCUUAAAAAAAAAAAAGAACAACACUCUAUCUGCAUGAAGGUCACAGAAAACACAAAACUUGAUUAAAGAGCAGUAUCACGAGUUGCGGGACUUGUCAUUCUGCGAGCGCCCCACAGCAGUUUCAGCUUGUCAUUGUUUCCUGUAACUUUACACAUCCAUAUUUAAUAUAAUUAUCUGCUAAGAUAAUUUUUAUAGAUUUUGCUGUUUACCUUUAAAAACUAUGUUGACCGAGGGUUGGACGGCUCAGCAGUUCAGAACACUUGGUUCUCUUGCAGCAUCUCCAAAUUUGGUUCCCAACACCCACGUGUCGUGUAACUUCAGUUCCAGGGGAUCCUGAAGCCACCUUCUGACUGUUGUGGGCACCAGACACUCACAGGGUGCAGAUACAUACAUGCAGGGAAAACUCCAAUACACGUAGAAAAAUGUACAUUUAUUUAGAGAGUGUGUGUGUAAUGUGUGUACGUGUGUGCGCAACAGUGUGCUUGUGGAGGCCAGAGAACAACUUGCUGGAGCCGGUUCUUGCUUGCCAUCACGUGUGUCCCAGGGAUCGAACUCAGAUUGGCGGCAGAUGUCUGCCUGCUGAGCUAUGUCGCCGGCUCCUACUUUGCUCUUAACCUGCCUCAUCGAAGAUCAGUUCCCCGCCAACUACCUCAGUAGAUGCGGAAGGGGCAGACGAAGGAAAGUAACCAUUAGCCAGGGUCUGCCUGACUCUGGGCCGGAUCGCGUGCUGUCCAACAGCAGCGCUGGCGACAGCUGAAGAGCGAACGCUGGAUUGUUCAGGUCCCCUUCCGUGCCGAGGCUCCGCCUCCUUGGCGCAUGCGCUGUCAGGUGGCCGCACGGGGUGACGGGAGUCCCGCCCAGGACCCGCCCCCUGGCUAGUCCACUGCGGCCAUGUGAGGGAAAUAGUCUCUCUGUGUCCUCGGUUCUCGGUCGUGAAAACUCGGCCGGGACAAGGCUGCCAUGUGCCGUACGAACUAUUGUAGACCAUCAGCACUGAUGCCCGAAGCGGUGGUGUAAGGAGCGCUGUGCGGCGCGCAAGGCGGGAGGGUCCCACAUACUCCCCUGCCGAGCUGGUGUGGUGGUACGUGCCUCAGGGCGCGCACGGCUCCCGCGCUCCGGGCCUCGGACGGGCGGGGGCGCGGGUCCGAGUGCAGCUGCGGCUGCGGGCCGGGCUGUGCCGCCGGGCAGUAGGCAGAGCUACGACGCUGGGCGCGGCGGGCCGGGUGACGCGGGGCCGGGCGCCGCCGCGCCGCCGCGAUCAUGUCGGAGCCGGCGCCCGAAGUUCCAGAGGAGCUAUUCCGCGAGGUCAAGUACUACGCGGUGGGCGACAUCGACCCGCAGGUUAUUCAGCUCCUUAAAGCUGGGAAAGCCAAGGAAGUCUCCUACAAUGCCCUGGCCUCACACAUCAUUUCAGAGGAUGGGGACAACCCAGAGGUGGGAGAAGCCCGUGAGGUCUUUGACUUGCCCGUUGUAAAGCCUUCCUGGGUGACUCUGUCCGUGCAAUGUGGCGCUCUCCUGCCGUAUCCUUUUGUGCGAUAAGGACGGGGAUAGCUGUGGGUUUAAGAAACAAGUCAAUGGUUUCUCUCCAGAGUCCUGUCAGAUUUUUUUUGGACUCACUGCCUGCCUUUCUCAGGCAAUGAGUGUCAUCUGAAGACAGAAGUGCCCUGUGGGCCUUGGUUACGUUCCACGGGGGCAGUUGCCAACUAAACCUUAACAAGAAGUGCACACACUUGAUUGUCCCAGAGCCAAAGGGGGAGAAAUACGAGCGUGCUGUCAAAAGAACAAGUAUUAAGAUUGUCACCCCGGACUGGGUCCUGGACUGUGUGUCUGAGAAGAGGAGGAAGGAUGAAGCGUUUUACCAUCCACGCCUGAUCAUCUAUGAGGAGGAGGAAGAGGAGGAGGAAGAGGGAGACAACGAGGAGCAGGACUCCCAGAACGAGGGCAGCACUGAGAAGUCCAGUGUCGCCAGCUCUGCAGUGGCCUCCCCUGCUGAGCAGCCGUGCUCUCCCAAGCCCAGGGCUGAGGUGUCCAAAGGAGAGUUGAUGUUUGAUGACUCUUCUGACUCAUCCCCUGAAAAGCAGGAGCGCAGCUUGAACUGGGCCCCUGCUGAAGCCCCACCACUCAACACAGCCCAGCGCAGGCUGCCUCAGGGAAAAGGGCCAGGACUCAUUAACCUGUGUGCCAAUGUCCCACCUGUUCCAGGGGACAUUCUGCCUCCUGACAUGCGGGGUAACUUGAUGGCCCCUGGACAAAACCUCCAGAAUUCUGAGCGGUCAGAAAUACUAGGGACCUGGAGCCCAGCUGUCCGGACGUUGCGAAACAUUACAAACAAUGCUGAUAUCCAGCAGAUCAACCGGCCAUCCAAUGUUGCACAUAUCUUACAAUCCCUUUCAGCACCCACAAAAAGCCUAGAGCAGCAGGUGGCCCGUGGCCAGCAGGGACACCCCAAUGCCAGUGCUGUGCUGUUUGGCCAGGCUAAAGGUGCUCCCGAGACACACGUGUUGCAGCAGCACCACCCUCCCCAGCAGCCUCAGCAGCAGCACCCAGCCCUGCACCUCCAGCCCCAGAUCAUGCAGCUCCAGCAGCAGCAGCAGCAGCAGCAACAGCAGCAGCAGCAGCCCCAGCCCUACCCCCAGCCUCCAUCACAUCAGUUCCCGCAGCAAGUCCAUCAGCAUCAGUUCUCUCAGCAGCAGCUCCAGUUUCCACAGCAACCAUUACACCCUCAGCAGCAGUUGCAUCGUCCUCAACAGCAGCUGCAGCCAUUUCAGCAGCAGCAUGCCCUGCAGCAGCAGCUUCAUCAGUUGCAGCAGCAGCAGCUCCAGCACCACCAGUUAGCACAGCUCCAGCAACAGCAGCAACAGCAGCACAACCUUCUCCAGCAGCAGCAACAACAGCAGCAGCUCCAACGCUUGCAGCAGCAGCAGCAGAUGCAGAAUCAAGCAGCACACUUGAGCCAAGCGUCCCAGGCACUACAGCACCAGGUUCUACCCCAGCAGCCCCUGCAGCUGUCCCUGCAGCCCCCACCUCAGCAACAGCAGCAGCAGCAGCUUUUUGGACAUGACCCAGCAGUGGAGAUUCCAGAAGAAAGCUUCUUGCUAGGAUGUGUGUUUGCAAUUGCGGACUAUCCCGAGCAGAUGUCGGAUAAGCAGCUGCUGGCCACCUGGAAAAGGAUAAUCCAGGCACAUGGUGGCACUGUGGACCCCACUUUCACAAGCCGAUGUACACACCUCCUCUGCGCAAGUCAAGUCAGUAGUAUGUACACACAGGCACUACGGGAGAGAAAGCGGUGUGUCACUGCACACUGGCUCAACACAGUGCUGAAGAAGAAGAAGCUGAUGCCCCCUCAUCGAGCCCUGCAUUUCCCGGUGGCGUUCCCACCUGGGGGCAAACCCUGUUCACAGCAUAUUAUCUCUGUGACUGGAUUUGUUGACAAUGACAGAGAUGACCUGAAGUUAAUGGCAUACCUGGCAGGUGCCAAGUACACAGGGUACCUGUGCCGUAGCAACACAGUCCUCAUCUGUAAAGAACCAAGCGGCUUGAAGUAUGAAAAGGCCAAAGAGUGGAGGAUCCCAUGUGUGAAUGCACAGUGGCUGGGGGACAUUCUGCUGGGGAACUUUGAGGCCCUGCGGCAAGUGCAGUACAGCCGGUACACCGCCUUCAACAUGCCGGACCCCUUCGUUCCCACUCCACACUUGGUCUUGGGUCUUCUAGAUGCAUGGAGGACCCCAGUGAAGGUGACUGCAGAGCUGUUGAUGGGUGUAAGAUUACCUCCUAAGCUGAAACCAAAUGAGGUCGCUAACAUCCAGCCUUCUUCUAAAAGAGCCAGAAUUGAAGACUUGCCACCUCCCACUAAGAAGCUGACUCCAGAGCUGACGCCUUUAGUGCUCUUCACUGGGUUUGAGCCUGUUCAAGUUCAGCAGUACAUUAAGAAGCUGUACAUUCUUGGUGGGGAAGUUGCUGAGUGCACGAAGAAGUGUACCCACCUCAUUGCCAGCAAGGUGACACGCACAGUGAAAUUCUUGACGGCCAUCUCUGUAGUAAAGCACAUUGUGACUCCGGACUGGCUGGAGGAGUGCUUCAAGCGCCAGACAUUUAUCGAUGAGCAGAACUACAUCCUUCGAGAUGCUGAGGCAGAAGUGCUCUUCUCUUUCAGUCUGGAAGAGUCCUUAAAGCGAGCCCAUGUCUCUCCCCUCUUUAAGACAAAGUAUUUCUAUAUCACCCCUGGCAUCUGCCCAAGCCUUGCAACUAUGAAGGCAAUUGUAGAGUGUGCAGGGGGAAAGGUGCUAGCCAAGCAGCCGUCCUUCCGGAAGCUCAUGGAGCACAAGCAGAAUAAGAGUCUUUCAGAGAUCAUUUUAAUAUCCUGUGAGAACGACCUGCACUUAUGUCGCGAGUACUUUGCCAGGGGAAUAGAUGUUCACAAUGCGGAGUUUGUCCUGACUGGAGUACUCACACAGACACUGGACUAUGAAUCAUAUCCUUUACGAAGGCGCAUUGCAGGGACAGGUGAGGCUGAAGGCGCAUUUGCAAGUUAAAAAGGGGCAUCAUGGUUCUGGUCUCCAGACUUUUUCCUUGCUAUUACAGGUGACCUGCCUAUUUAGCUUACAUAGGUGUUGAAGGAUUUUACAGUUUGACCCCAUAGAAAAAGAUGGGAGUCUAUGCCUGAGGGCUAUUCCACCCUCCACAGCCAUGAGGUGGGAAGUGACACAGCUUGAUAUGGCAUUAUAGUUAAGGUACAGAUGUGGCUGGGUCUGUGUUGAACAGCUAAGGUUUUUCAGGCUCCCAGGGAGGAAGCCUGUCAGUUUACAGUCUGUAUCACUAAAUCUCAGCUAUUAGUUUUAGAAGGACUCAGAUUUUGUUUUUCUUUUUUUUUUAAGAUUUAUUUUAUUUAUAUGUAUGAGAACACUGUUGCUGUCUUAAGACACACCAGAAGAGGGCAUCAAAUCUUGUUACAGAUGGUUGUGAGCCACCAUGUGGUUGCUGGGAAUUGAACUCCAGACCUCUGGAAGAGCAGUCAGUGCUCUUAACCACUGAGCCAUCUCUCCAGCCCAGGGCACAGAUACUUGAGAGGAGGUUUUACUUUAUUGCAUGCUGGCCUGGCACCCUGUGGCCUGGGCUGACUUCAUAGGGAUCACCUUGAGUGCCAGGAUUUCAGGCAUGAGCCACUGUGCCCAGCUGAGGUGGUUACUUUAAUGUGUGAAAAGCCCCCAGAUUAGAGUGAUGUCAUUAUUGGUCCUCCAUCUGUGUGGUGUCACCCAGCUGAGUGCAUUUACCAAACACUUCCUCUUAGCCCCGAGAGCUCAGUAAACAGAGCUAGAUGACAUAGCUUGGUGGCCGUAGGAGCUAGCAGGAGUCCCUGGCAGGGAUCUUCCUCCAAGCAGACUGAGCUGGACAGUGACAGGAGGCAGGUGUGCUGUAGCAUCUGGUCUUUAUACAGCACAUCCUCUGAUGACUUCUCCAGGCUUCUCCAGACUUCUUCUUAACACUGCUUGCACUUGAGAACAUGGUAGAGCUGCUUCUCAGGUUACAUUGGUCAACUGAAGACCUGCCCAUGCCUAUUGCCCAGUGGUUCUCAACCUGUGGGUGUCAACUCCUUUAGGGUCAAAUGAACCUUUCACAGGAAUUGCAUAUCAGAUAUUUACAUUACAAUUCAUAACACUAGUAAAAAUUACAGUUAUAAAGUAGCAAUGAAAAUAAUUUGGUGGUUGAGGCUCACCACAACAUGAGGUAUUUAAUGGUUUGCAGUUUUAAGAAUUUUGAAGAUCACUGCUGCUCUCAAUGUUGCCCACAUAAGACACUUAGGGUGACAGCUCUCUUAAGGACAUGUUUUUGUGGUGGCUUUGGGGACAGGAAACCAGGAAUGUAAUGUGCUUGGAUUAGGCUUUAGCUAUGACCUAAGCAGGGUGCCUCCACUCAGCCACCCAUGUGGCAGAUAGAGAGCCUAUGCCAUGGGUGUUGGAGUUUGCAACAGGACAAGAUAGCUUGAAUACAGAAGGAGGUGGUCUCUAGAACUACAUGGGGGGACUCUGGCCUAAUGUGGCCCUGCUACCUUGUGUGUGAAAACCAUUUUCCUCAAUGAGGCCACAUAUAAAUUUAACUGAUGGCCUCUUGCUGCUGCUAGCCUGGAGCCUGGAGCACAAGGGUAGCUGCUGGCAGCAUGAACCAGGACUCCCUCCCCGCAGAGGGCUUGUUUUCCAGCUCUGCCUUAGGGAGAGACCUCGACCAGGAAGACAGAUGUAAUACUGACUGCAUCGUGUUAAGAUGUGUGAUCUUAUUCUAGGAAACAUAAAUUAUGUUUUGUAUUAUAUGCCUAAGAGCCCACAUUAAGUCUUCUGAUUAAUUUGCCAGGUUUUUAAUGUGUUUUCAGAAAGCUGUGUGAAAUUUCAUCUACAAAUAAAAAUGAUGUAAAUAAGACUUUGCUGUCUAAAUUAUGGCUGUUAAAGAUAUGAAAUGUUUUGUACUUUGAUUAUUUUUAUUUCUUACACUUUUCUUUUAUAUUGAUAACUUGCUCACAGUUAAAUAAAUGUACUUUUGAACUUAGAA